AUGGAGACCUUACGUGACACUGCGUUCGGCAAGCUAGUCCGCCUAGCUACUCACUACAGAUGGAUGCAAUAUCCAGAAGAACAAGAUCCAUCAGUUUGGACAGAGUAUCUCAAAACCGAAAACAAGGAAGAAGAAACAACAACUUCCACAGCAGAAACGGAGAAUGAGAGCCCGGAUGAUCUAGAGGCCUGCGGGAUCUAUACCGUCAUGUCUCAAGCUUCGACUCGGACCCGACGGAUGUCUUCUGUGUCUACUAUUAGAGCUCCAGAGCAAUCGCUUGUAAUAAGCUGGCGUGGUCCUGAUGAUCCGGAGAAUCCUCAAAACUGGAGCACGAAAAAGAAGUUCUUUGUCAGUUGCCUCAUCUGGCUUUUGACUUUUGCAAUCUAUGUUGGUUCCGCAAUAUAUACGCCUGGUAUCCCUGGCGUUCAAGCUCAAUUCGGCGUGAGUAGCGUUGCAGGAACCCUAGGUUUGACUCUUUUCGUGGUCGGCUACGGAAUAGGUUCGGCCUAUGAUAUGGUCCCCAUUAUCCGAAAUUCCAAUGAUAGGCCGAAGCCCAACAUACGUCUUGACACUAUUCGUAUUCGUCUUCUUCAACUUCGGCGUCAUCUACGCCAAAAACUUCGGCAUGCUUCUUGCCUUCCGAUUUUAACCGGCUUCAUCGGUUCUCCUGCCCUAGCAACAGGCGCCGCAUCAAUGGGAGAUAUCUGGAGUCCCAGAAUCCGCGACUACAUGAUCGGUGUCUGGGGCAUGUUUGCCAUCUCAGCGCCAGUUUUAGGUCCCAUGCUCGGCGGUUUCGCGUCCUCCGCGAAGGGAUGGACCUGGACAAUUUGGCAGUUGAUGUGGGUGUCUGCUUUUGCUUUUGUCUUGCUAUUUUUCGGUCUGCCGGAGACUUUUGCGCCGAAUAUUCUUGCAAGACGGGCACGACGAGUAAGACGGAUAACAGGGAACUCGGGGUAUAUGUCUGAAUCGGAGAUUGAAAUCAAAGAGAUCAAGCCGGUAGACGUUGUCUUUGAGGCGCUUGUUCGACCUUUCCAACUUUGUUUCGCUGAGCCGAUUGUUCUUCUGCUCAAUCUUUAUAUCGCUCUGAUCUAUGGUAUUCUUUAUAUCUGGUUCGAAGCAUUUCCGAUCAUCUUUGAAGAAAUUCACGGCUUUAAUCCAGGUGAAAGUGGACUGGCUUUCAUGGGUAUUCUUGUCUCGACCUGCUGCCUUACUAUCCCUGGGUACUUCUAUUGGAAAUGGAAAUAUCAAUCGAAAUAUUUCGACAAGGACGGGAAUAUCGCGCCAGAAUGGCAGAUGCCGCCUGCUUGUGUUGGUGCUUUUGCGCUACCCAUUUCAUUGUUUUGGUUUGGCUGGACUGGCAACUUUGCUAGCGUGCAUUGGAUCGUGCCAAUUAUUGCCUCGAUGUUGUUUGCGGUGGGUGGAUGCUUGAUUUUUAAUUGCAUUUUUUGUUAUCUGGCACAUGCGUAUCCGCGGUACGCUGCCAGUGUACUCGCCGGGAAUGAUUUCUUGCGUUCGUCGUUUGGAGCUGGGUUUCCGCUUUUUGCGUCGGCCAUGUUCCAUAAUUUGGGCGUUGGAUGGGCCUGUACUUUGUUAGGCUGCUUGACCGUACUUUUUGUGCCUUUUCCUUUCAUCCUGUUGUACCGUGGAAGGAGAAUUCGGUUGGCGAGUAAGUAUGCUCGACAUGAUAUUUAG